AAGUGAGCACAACUUGGAGACUUUCCUAAUUUGGAACAAGCGCUUUACUAAUGUAAACAUACCCAAAUAAGUACACUGGUAAGACUCUCAAGUGCACUUCCGUCUGCUGGAACCACCAUCGUCUUCCUUUCUUCACUUCUUCGUCCUCUAAACAAAACAGGUCAAUUCUCAUAACAUAAGAAAGACUUAUCAACAUGGGUGGCGGAGACUUGAACAUGAAGAAGUCCUGGCACCCGCUCCUGUUAAAGAAUCAGGAGCGGGUCUGGCUCGAAGAGAAGAAAGCUCUUGAGGAAAAGAAGAAGCUAGACCAGCUGCGUAAAGAGAAGGAAGAGGAGAGGCAGCUACAAGAGCUUCAGCGACUGCAAGAAGAGCAGACGGGCAAGAAGCGACAAGAGAAGCUGGAUUGGAUGUAUGCUACACCCGCAACGGGUAGCAGUCAGAACCAGAAUGAUCUUGAGGACUACCUGUUGGGAAAGAAGAGAGUGGAUAAGAUUCUAGUUGGAGACGAGCACGAAAAGAUUGGUGCUGCACACAAGAACUUCAUCGCAACUCAGUAUGCCAACACAGUCCGUGAUACAGCCGCUAAAAUACGCGAAGAUCCUCUACUUGCGAUCAAGCAACAGGAACAGGCUGCGUAUGAGGCGCUCAUGUCCAAUCCUCUUCGACUUCGUGAGCUUCAGCAGAAGAAUGGGAUCAAACCCAAGAAAGAUAAAAAGGACAAAAGAGAGAAGAAAGAGAAGAAGCACAGAAAGGACAGACAUCACGAUCGCUCUGCUUCACCUCACCACUACGAUAGUUACCGUACAGAAUCCCACGACAGGAAAUCACACAGACGAAGGUCCCCAAGCCCAUAUAGUCGACGUUCGCCCUCUCCCCCGACUCGCUCCCUCACAGAUUCACGCAGGCGUGAUGAAGACUUCGACUAUCAUUCGAGCAGGAGAGGACGUAGCCGUAGCAGGUCCCCUUAUCAUCCUCGGCGUGACGAGCCACGACGGAGCAGCAGAGUUGAUGACCGUGUACGCACAUGGCCGAGGUCGGACGAAUCAGAUGAUGCUGGACGCAACCACAAAUACCCAUUUGAGACUCGUGAGGACGAACGACGUACUCGAUACCCGUCUCCUGAUAGGAAAAGGAGACACAAUAGUCCAAGUCCAGACCACUAUAAUUCGCAUCAAACGAAACGUUCGCGAGCUAGCCCACCUCCCCCUCGACAUGACUCAAGUAAUGGCACUUCUUCAGGGCCAAGCGCUGAGGAAAGGGCGGCUCGACUGGCUGCCAUGACCUCUGAUGCCACCUUUGUUACGGUGGAACGGCGUGAGCGUCUCACAACCUUGUUAGCGCAGGAGAAGGCAGAGAUGGAAGCGGAGGAACGUGCUAGGGCAAGGUCGAAGGGCAUGGGUGGCUUCUUGAGUCACGAACAGAAGAAAGUCUUCGGUGGCGGUGGUGGGCUGGAGGAGAGGAUUAGACGAGGGCGAGGUCAGAUGCGUGUUGAUGCUGAUUAGGUCUCUUUCACUGUUGUAUCACUAUCUCUUUCAUCCUUUGUGUAAUAUUAAGGACCAUUAUGGAUCAUUGCGCAUUAGAAAACGAAGAGAGCAAAUGAGAACAAGAUUAAGCAAGAAGAUUAUAGCGUGA